AGAUGUGCACAUAAAUAUCCCUGUGUGGUCACAUCAAAUCAUAUUCACCAACACAACAUCAACAGCGGCUCCUCGUCUUCUUCUGAGUUUAUUUCAAGUCAAGAACAAUGAAACGCAGUUCAGUUCUGCUUUUGCUGUUCCUUCUGGGGACGUGCUCGGCUUACACCUAUCAAAAUGUGGCCUUGCGUGGGAAAGCGACCCAGUCAAACCGUUUUGCAGACAUGUAUGGUUUUGCCCACAAUGCUAUUGAUGGAAAUCGUGAAUCUGACUACAGCGCCGGAUCAUGCACCCACACUGUUGAACAGACCAACCCCUGGUGGAGAGUGGACCUGCUGGAGUCCUACAUCGUCACCUCCAUCAUCAUCACCAACAGAGGAGACGCCUUUCCAGAAAGGCUCAAUGGGGCAGAGAUUCACAUCGGCAACUCUUUACAAGAUAAUGGUGCUGCAAACCCAGUGGCUGGUGUAAUUCAUCAUAUCCCAGCAGGCAGGUCUUUAAAAAUUACUGUUACCAGUCUUGUGAAGGGACGAUAUGUGACUGUGGUUGUACCUGGUUUAAAAAGAGUUCUUACACUCUGCGAAGUGGAAGUCUACGGGUACCGGGCCCCAACUGGAGAGAACCUGGCAGUCCAAGGUAAAGCCUCACAGUCAUCAUUGUAUUCUAACGGCAUUGCAUAUAAUGCUAUAGAUGGGAAUCGUGACGGCAUCUGGAGCCAGGGUUCUUGUACUCACACAAAAAACGACUUUAAUCCCUGGUGGCGACUGGACCUGGGCAAAACCCACAGAGUGUUUUCUGUUAACAUAACCAACACUGUAGAUUCUAUCCCACAACGACUCAAUGGAGCUGAGAUUCGAAUUGGAGAUUCUCUUGAUAACAAAGGAAACAACAAUCCUAGGUGUGCUGUGAUCUCAAGCAUCUCUCCAGGUUUCACUGAAACCUUCCAGUGUAACGGGAUGGACGGUCGCUACGUUAACAUCGUUAUUCCUGGAAGAAGCGAGUACCUGACCCUGUGUGAGGUGGAGGUGUACGGCUCCAGACUGGAUUAGGUCUGAGGAGGUUCAAAAUGUAUAACAACAUUUUACAUUGCAGAUGUUCAGCUGAUGCUCUUGUACAGACUCCUGUUGCAAUCAUAGAUGAAGAUGAAUUUGCUAUCUACAGACAGAUGGGAGUUCUAGCUUGUUAAACUAGAGCUAAUCCAGUAAAAAAGUAAUGUCAUUUAAAGUUAAUGCGGCAUUGUCUGAAAAAGCGACCCAGCCAGAUCAUAGUGGUGACAAUGGUAAUUCAGCCAGUACAUUAAGGUCCAUCAGUUUUCAUAUAAUGAUAUCUAUCCAUCAUCAUCAGUGUGUAGAGAAAUCAAACACAUUUUCAGAGCUUUUGUAGUUUUAUUUUAUAUUAUUAUGGACCUAUUUCCUCCUUAUUUAUCCUCAUGUGGUCUUUUCAGGAUCUAAAUUGAAUUCCUGCGAAUUCAAAAUACACAUGUACAACUGUAUUUAUGUGGGAAUUGACAGUAAACAGCAAGUACAUGUGGCAUAUUUUUUUUUAAACAAAACGUGGCCUAUAAAAUGAAAACGCAUAACAAAAGUGCGUGUUUAUAUACACAAUAUUCCUCUCAUUUCCUUAUCAUGUUGCAAGAAUAAAAUAAUGUUACAUUAACUGUGUCUGUGUGUGAGAGUCAAGAUGGCUCCAUCCUGUGGUGCCACUACACUGCUCUGAUUGUUGGUGAUGUUUGUUUUUCGUGCUGUAUGCUUGUUCAGCUAUGGACAGAGUGAGAUUUCAAAAAUCACCCAAAAAGGAUCCCCUGGGACUUUAAAAGCAGGUCACAAAAAUGAAGUUUAAUUUUUCUUAAGGCUCAGUAUACUUCCUUAAACAGCUGGGUACUGUAGUUAUAAGCAAACUUUCCUCAAACAAGUCA